AUGGCACCUGUCCGCACCAUCGACUUCGGCAGCCCUUUUGAUGAGAAGGAGGAAGAGAAAGAGAAAGAGUCACUCGAGGAACCUCGCAACGACAGCGUUGCAACCGCCACCACCGCCACCACCGCUCCCACCAGACCAGACUUUGGACGCAGAGACAGUCUUGCAUCGCUAUCCGUCGCAGCAGGGCCAAACCGCUACUCAGGCGAACCCACCUGGCCUAGAGGAUGGAGGCCGUACGCCUGUCUCUUCGGAGGCUUCCUUCUCAUGUUCAAUAGCUGGGGCUUGGUCAACGCCUACGGCACCUACGCCAGCUACUAUAUGCAACACCUCCUACCUCGCCAGGACAUUCUUCUCCUCAACCUUGUCGGCUCGACUCAAUCCUUCGUCGUGCUGUUCUUCUCAGCAGUCGUCGGUCGCUUUCUUGACGCCGGCUAUAUUCGCCAUCUACUCAUUGUUGGAACAAUCUUCGUCAGUGUUGGAUCAUUCGGCCUGAGCGUCGUCAACGGAGAUGCGGGUUGGAGAGAUGGCAGAUACAGCCUGAUAUGGUUGACCCAGGGUCUCAUCAGCGGCCUUGGAAUGGCGUGCUUCUUCGUCUCCUCAUCCCAGGUCGUUGCCACUUGGUUCAGAGCACGGAAAGGCAUGGCUAUCGGAAUCGUUGCUUCAGGUGCAAGCAUCGCCGGCUUGGUUUACCCCGUCAUGAUUCGCUUUCUUCGUGAAUCUGUCGGCUUUAACGACGCACAGCGCUACGUCGCUACCCUGACGACAAUCACGUCCGCCCUGGCCAUCUUCAUCGCUCGACCCAGCCCGGAGCACCUCGUCAGGAAGCCAGAGCGAUGGCGAAACCACAGAGUCUUUAUCGACACCCAGGCCUUCCGGAACACACCCUUUAUGUUCCUCACAGCCGCUAUCUGCUUUCUUUUUUUCGGCUUUUACGCCGUGUUCUUCAAUCUUGAAGAGUGGGCAGCAUCUACAGGCCUGGGCGCUCGCGAGCCCAUUCGAGGCCAGACCGAGCAAGUCGAAACUCACGAAGGCGCCCUUGCUACACACUAUCUCCUCGCCAUCAUGAACGCCACAUCGACACUGGGCAGGAUCAGCUCGGCAUAUCUCUGUGACCAUUUCGGAGCCUUGAACGUCCACGCCGUGGUCACGUUCAUCGCUUCGCUUCUUGUCCUCUGCCUCUGGACAACAGCAAAGACCGUACCAGCGGCCAUCGCCUUCGUGGUCCUCUUCGGCAUUUUCUCCGGAGCGGUCAUUGGCCUCCCACCAGCAUCCGUCGCCUACAUCCUUGGCCUCAGCCCAGAAGCACAGUCACGACUAGGCCAAUGGGUCGGCAUGAUGUACUCAUCGUCAGCGAUCUUUGCUCUGACAGGACCGGUCAUCGCAGGUCACCUCAUCAGCGCCUACGGGAACAACUUCCUCACCGUCCAGUGCUGGAGCGGCGCCUGCAUGUUCAUGUCUGCCGUGUGCAUGGCGAUUGCCAUCUACUUCAGGCGGAGGGAGGCAGCGUUGUCUCAAGCAUCGUCGCCGGAGAGGAGGUCCAGCUCGCCUGCGGCAUCGACGUUGCGCACUGCGAUGAGCAGAGAGGCGAGCGAGAGACAGAUGGUAUGA